UGUGCCAGUUUUAUUAUCUAAUGAGUUAUUUGAUUGUGUUACUUUAAUUUUAAAAUGGCGAAAAGAAGCUAACAUACCAAGCAAAAAUCCAUAUAUCUUUGGAUUACCUGGUUUUAAUAACCAUAGAUACAAGUAUCUUAGAGCAUGCGUUCUAAUGCGUAAAUUUGCAGAGGAAUGUAAUGCAAGUUCUUCUACAACUUUGCGUGGUACAAUAUUAAGGAAACAUAUAGCGACGUAUUGUAUUCAACUGAAUUUAAAUGAUGUUGAAGUUUCGGAUUUGGCUACAUUUAUGGGCCAUGCAGAUAAGAUACAUAAAGAACACUACAGACAGCCACAGGCAAGCAGAGAUAUUUUAAAAAUUUCUCAAUAUUUAGAAGCGGUACAAGGAGAUGCACAAGAUAACGAAUCUUCAUCAGAUUAUGAAGACGAAAAUCUUAACGAUUCUUUUAACGAUAUCGAUUAUAAUGAUACUACAAUCGAUAUCGCUGCUACAAAAAAUGUAUCUUCGUGUAUCAUUCAAGAAGCAUCUACGUCAUACCAAGACAAUAAUAAAAAACGAAAAAGAUCUA